AUGAUGAUGUACGAUUUCGCGACAAAUCCCGCAAUGUCAUUGCGUUCGCGAGUUAAGCGCAAGUUUGCGAAAAAGGAGGAGUACAACUUUUACGGUGUUGGGCCCUACGAGACUAGCAGUAUGUUUAAUGCUAUUAGGAAGGCAGUCCACCUGACCACGGGGAUUGUCGUUGCAGCGAAGGUGAAAUGA